AUGGCCUCUUCUGUCGACCCCAAAGCCGCCCGCAUCGCGCUCGCGUCCGACGUCGGCUUCGUCGAGACGCCGGUGUAUCGGUCCUUCAAGCGCCGAUGGUACGGCCUCGUGGCGCUUAUGCUCCUCAAUAUCGUCGCCUCCUGGGCCUGGCUCUCGUUCGCCGCCAUAUCCUCGAACGUCAAAGACUUCUACGGUCUCAGCUCCGAGACCCCCGUCAACUGGCUCUCGACCGUCAUCCUCUUCACCUACCCGAUCGGCAGCGUACCCUGCGCCUACGUGCUCAACCAUCAUGGUAUUAAAGCCUCCAUGGUCAUCUCUGCCGUCUUCCUCGUCAUCGGCAGCUGGAUCAGAGUCGCGGGUGCAAAAUGCUGCAGCGACUCCGGCUCUUUUGGCGUCCUAAUAUUCGGACAGAUCAUUAUCGGUCUCGGCCAGCCGUUCGCGUUGAACGCUCCGUCGUACUACACCGACAUGUGGUACACAUCAAAAUCACGCGUCUCUGCAAACGCCCUCGCAAGUCUUUCAAACCCCCUCGGCGGCGCGAUCGGUCAACUCGUGAGCCCUGCCUUCGUGACCAAGACCAGCGAAUUUCCCAACUCGGUACUUUGGACUUCGAUAAUUGCGACGAUAUUAUGCGUGCCGGCGUUUUUCAUUCCCAGCAGACCACCUUUUCCGCCCUGUCCGUCCGCGGCAAAGCCCAAGCUGCCGUUCAGCGAAAGCUUCAAAGCUCUUAAGUGCAACUGUCGCUUCAUUAUCAUAUUUGUCGUUUUCUCCGUCCUGGUCGGCUUCUUUAACUCCUUCUCCAGUCUCAUCAACCAAGUGAUGGAACCCUACGGCUACUCCUCCGACGACGCCGGCAUCGACGGCGCAGUCCUCAUCGUCGCCGGUAUCGUCUACUCCGCCAUAUCCUCCCCGAUCCUCGACCGCACGCACUCCUUCGUGCUCGUUCUCCGCAUCCAGAUCCCCGUCAUCGUAAUCUGCUACAUCUGCCUCGUCUUCACCCAAACCACAGACCACCAACUCGUAGGCCCCUACAUCGUCUCCGGCGUCCUCGGCGCCGCCUCAUUCUCCCUCCUCCCGCUCGCCCUCGAAUGGGUCCAGGAACAAGUCUUCCCCGUCUCCCCCGAACUCACGUCCUCCAUCCUCUGGGCCGGCGGCAACUGUCUCGGCGGGAUCUUCAUCGUCGUCAUGGACGCGCUCAAGUACGGCCCCGAGCAGGGAAAUCCCCCCGGAAACAUGCGCCGCUCGCUUAUCUUCCAGGCUGCGGUCGCGGCCGCAAUCAUUCCCUUGCCGUUCUGGCUCGGAACUAAAGAUCAGCUGAGAAACCGACGCAUCGAGAUCGAUAACGCAGAGACCUCAGAUCAUACCGUGUCUCCUGAGCAGUCACUAUAA